AUGGCUACUGCUUUUGCCUGGCGGUUCUGCUUGGGACCGCUCCGGGAGGUGAGGGGCGAGGGGGAAAUGGGCGACCUGCAGCACCUGCACUCCGCCUGGGACGUGGACCGCCACAUCGUUCUCGAGGGGGACAGGCUGGUGCUGGUGCGCUUCAGCCACUACGAGGCACCGCCGCCGGCUGCUGCGGCGGCGGCGGACGGCGAGGGCCCCGGCGGCGGAGGGCUGACGCCGCACUUCAUCGCCACGCGGCAGAUGGACGAGGUGCUCGCGGCCCUCGCCCCCAAGGUGCGCAAGUACUGCGUCAUCUACGCCGUCUCGACGACGGAGGUGCCAGAGUUCAACACGAUGUACGAGCUGGGCCACGACCGGGAGCCGUUUGCGCUGAUGUUCUUCUUCCGCAACACCCACAUCCGCGUGGACGUGGGCACGGGCAACAACAACAAGAUCAACUUCUUCAUCGAGGCGGAGGACCUGCUGCCCAUCAUUGACGCCGCCUACAGAGCCGGGAAGAGCGGGAAAGCCGCCACAAGCUCGGAGAAGAAGUUCACCACGGCCGCGGUGCGACGGUGA